UUCUGUUCUGAUUAAAUUCACCUUAAUCCUGGAGACUACCUUUCUGUGAAAUGCAGUUCCUGUUUUCUCUCAGGCUGUUAUUUAGAUUUUCUUUUCCAUCAUUGCAGGAAGUCUGAUCUAAAAUAAGGCUGCAGGCAUUAAGGCCAUAAUUGCCAUGUGGACAGCCUGCACUCCUGCUGUUUUUCUAGGGUGGGGGUAGAUUUGUGCCUCUCCCUCAGCUCUUCAUGCGUAUCUGUACAAGUGGCGCGAGUGACGUGACCCUCUCACAUACGGCCAGCACUGAUUCAUGCCGGUAAGCUUUCUCCAGCCAUGCUGAAGCAGAUCCUUUCAGACAUGUAUGUGGAUCCAGAGCUCCUAGCUGAACUCAGCGAAGAGCAAAAGCAGAUCUUGUUCUUCAAGAUGAGGCAGGAGCAGGUGAGAAGGUGGAAAGAAAGAGAAGCAGUAGCUACAACCCCAAAGCCAGUACUGAGGAAAGACCAUGGAAAAUCUGUGCAGUGGAAGCUUGGUGCAGAUGGUGAUAUCUGGGUAUGGGUAAUGGGAGAACACAUGCUGGAUAAAUCAUAUGACCUCCUGUGUAGUGAGAUUCUUGCUGAAAGAGUGAAGCAACAGUCACUUCAGCAAGUAGAGAAAAUAAGAAGAACCCCAAUGGAAAAAGUCACAGAGGGUUCAGUAUUAUGUCCUCCACAGUUUCUAUCAGAGACCCAACCUGGAUUUGAAAUACUGCAAGACAGUAAAGAUUUUGUGCAAAGAGAUGUACCAAAGAAAGUGGAAAACACACCAGCUGUUGGAAAUUACAGAAAUCUAGAAUGUGUCCAGGUUAGAGAAAUGCCAAUGAAGAAGACCACCACCGAGACCAGAACAGGAGAAGAAAUAACUCUAGAUUACCCUUCUGAAUCAAUUCAAAAACUGGACAAAGAACAUUCUGAUUGGCUAGAAUCUUUACGGAGGUCCAAAGCAGCAGAUGAAAGGCGACGCUCCCUUGCCAAACACGCACGAGAUGACUACAAGAGGCUGUCAUUAAAGGGCAUCCACAAGAACAAAGCAGCUAAUGUUUCCCAGAUCUUUAAGAGUCAGGAGCAAAGAAAGCCACUCCCUCCACCUCUGCCACCAAAGCCUAAAAACGUUACAGCUAAAAUAGCUAAUGAGAAACCAGAGAGAUCUAUUUCCAGUUCUACUCAGGAGAUGAUAGUUCGAUGGUUUAAAGAAGAGCAGAUCAAUCUCCGAGCUGGCUUUGAGAAAUCGAUGGAUCAGAUAGCACCUUGGUUCCAUGGUAUUUUAACCACCAAAAAAGCGGAAGAGCUUUUAGAGGGUUUGGCACCGGGAAGCUUUCUCAUCCGAGUCAGUGAAAAAAUCAAAGGCUAUGUUCUCUCCUAUUUAUCAGCAGAGGGCUGCAAACAUUUUCUGAUAGAUGCUUCUGGAGAUUCAUAUAGUUUCCUUGGUGUCGACCAACUUCAACAUUCAACAUUAGCUGACCUAGUUGAAUAUCACAAGGAUGAGCCCAUUACAUCAUUGGGGAAGGAAUGUCUUCAUUACCCCUGUGGACAACAAGGACAGUUACUGGAUUAUUUUAAUCUUUUUGAGUGAUAUUGUCAAGUGCGGGAAAAUCAGGAAGUCCAGGCAGUUCAAAUGAAUAUAAAGGUUUAUUGCAAGCUUAUGCUCUCUACAAGAAUCUGAACUACUAACAGUCAAAGCAAAUAGGUGGUGGAUAUGAAUGAAAUUCAAAGUGGGCUGGACUUAAAUCUCUUGUGGACAUGAAGGGGCUCAAGACUAAGGAUGCAUUUGACCUCUCCCUCGGGCCCAGCCUGGUCAUCUUCUACAGAUAUUUAGAAAAUCCACUUACCAUAUGGAGGAAGUUUAUGGAAUGGACAGCUGCUGACAUGGAGCAGCUUUAAUUAUUACAGUAGUUCCUUAACUAUAAAAUUAUGAUUCAAGUAUGUUUGAUAAACAAGAAAUAAAUUCAAUCAAGCAAAAAAAAAUAAUAGAAUCAAAAUCCUAAAGAAAGCAGCAAAAGAAUAAUAGUACAAUUGCCAUUACAGGCAAUUGUGGUAAUGAACUUUCUUUGUUCAAACUGAAACCUGACUGCAUGAGUUGCUGUUAAAUGAAAUUAUAAGGAACUAUUCCAAAGAGUUGACAUUUGACAUCUCUGGUUCAUUCUUGAAAGGAUUGUAUUGUAUUUACAUUUAUAAUUGUUUUUAUAUCUCUACACUUUAUUAUAUUAUAAACUACUCAAAGUCACCUCGAACUGCAAGAUGGGAGGCAUAUAACUUUAAUAAAUAAAUAAAAAUGAAAUAAAUAAAAUUGUUGAGGAAAACUCAAAAUGCAGAAGUAGUUAAAGUAUCUUCAUAACUUCAAAUCCCCUGAAAGGUUGGUUUUCAUCACCAUGAAUGAGUGAUGAGUAUAAACAUGCCCGUAGUGCAUCAUAGAACAACAAGAGCAUCAGAGCUUCCAACUGUUCACAUUUUUCUUGCUCUAUUCUCUGCUAAAACAACAUUGUUGGAUAGUCACAUGGUUGUUUCAUAGGGAGUUGUGUGUUCCUUUAAAAAUGAUAGUAGACAUUGCAUGGAUCAAAACUCUUCACUGUCAGAUCUAUGACCCAGUUCUUUAGAAAAUGAGUCUUUCCAUGCUGGCAGGGCACGAGAGAAUCAGAUACAAUUUUUUUGGGUGUGGAUGAAUAUACAUUUGUAAGUAUGGGUACAAUGUGCUUUUCCUCCCUUUUUCUUUGCAUCCAAGCUGACCAGGACAGAUAGAUUCCUAGUGUGAAGAAGCUGGUCUAUGAUGGACAAGCAUAGUAAAUACUUAUCAGAGAGAGAAGAGCCUUUAGUAACACAUACUCAAACAAGGAAAAUGAAUACUGAAAGAGUGACUGCAUAAAAAAUAAACAUUACAAAUGCCCCAACAUUUUACCCUUUUCUCUGAAAAUGUUACAAAUGAAUAUGUUUUUGUAACAGAACAAGCACAGUCAUUGCCUAUUAUAAUUGUGCUUCACUUCACUUGAAAAUAAUCUCAGACCAAGAAGAAAGCACUCACUUGUUAUAAUAGAUGCAGAAGGAUUAAUACAUUGUCAAAGGCUAUUUGUAUUCUAUAUACAGAAUUUGGACAUGUCUCAAGAUUUCUUAUUUUUCUAGCUAUCACUACUAGCAGAUUGUAAUAUUUAAAUACAUCUGGAAAAUAUUGAAGCUCCAUUUUGAGGUACAUUUUCCAAACUUCAAACAUGCAAGCUGAAUUGGCAAAUGUAUUAAAAACUCAAAUAUUAUAUUGGAAUAUCAUCCCUGCACAUAUACACACAUGUUCCAGUAAUGCUAGGAGGCAAAGAAUGGAAUAUUAUUAAAUAUUAAGACUAAUGACAAUAGAGAACCAGUCUUUGACCUGGCAAUGAAGAUAGCAAAGAGGUGGAUAGCUUCUGCCUUUUAGGAACCAUCAACAAGCAGUCAAGAAAUAUGUUGCACACCAGCAUGUGAUAAAAUAAUCACGAAGCCUUGGAAAAGAUAUUCAAAAAGUGAUACCUACAAUGAACAGAAAUUGUGCAAGCCAUAGUAUUCCACUUAGUUUUUCGAACGGUGUCUCCAUUUUGGUUUUCUAUUUGUAAAAUAAAUGAUAGCAUGGUGUAAUGUGUCAUGUGUGGUGAUUCAUCUGAGGUUGUAUUUACCUACUUUUAAGAACAUCUAAGGCCCAGAUGAUUUUUACUAUGUCCUGAUAUGUAAAACCAUAGAACUCAAAAAGCGUAUACUUUAUUUUUCAUAUGACUAUAAAUGAAAUUACAGCAUCCUAAUCCAUCUGGGAGAAAAAGUAAAAACAAUUGGGAAAGAAGAUUUCAGAAAAGAUUAGGGGGCCAGAUGAAGACUUAAACAUUCAUCUGCUUCCCAUUGGCUCUCUCUUCCAAGUGCUUCAGUGUGUUGCAUUUGCCUCAAAACAGCCUGCAUUUAACAUACAAUCCAUAGUUCUACUUGAAGUAUUAUAUAAAAUCACGAUGAAGGACUGAUGUCAGGGAAUGACUGGAAUAGUAGUGUAGAGUUACAAAUAAAUGAACGAUGGCCAUUUCACCUGAGCUUUCAUGUAUUUCUUAUUAAUUAUGCUAAAAUGGCUUUAUCAGUUUCCAGUGCUUAUGAAUGUCUCUUAGAUAUAUGCAGUUCAUAUUCCAACUACUUUUCAGUACAACAGUCAGCUGAAACUGAGAGGUAUACAGGGUUGUAAAUUGUUCAAUAAAGUGAAAUCUGUUUGUAAAGUGUCUAUCUUCUGUA